AUGAAUUCGACACCGCCGGUGAAGGGCCCGUCUCAACAGCAGCAGCAGCAGAUGCUGCUGUUGCAGCAACGGCAACAAUCAGCACAGCAGCAAAUGAGUCAGCAGGUGCUGCAGCAAGCAAUGACGCAGCAACAGCAUACAGUGCUUUCACCUCAAGGUCAACACGUGCCAUUACAACAGUCCGUGCUCCAACACCCCCAGCAACUGCUCGCUCAGCAGCAGCAGCAACCUCAGUUGCAGCAACAGCUGCAGCAACACAUGCUGCAGCAGCAGCAGCAAGCACGUUUGGGCUCUCUACAUGGAAUUUCACCUCAUUCCUUCCCACUUCCUUCACAGCCUAUGCCGAUGCAGCAUCUACAGCAGCAGCAAUAUAUACAGCGCCCACCUAUACAGCAGCAACUAACGCAGCAGCCAUCAAUGCAGUUGCAGCAGCAUCUGCAGCACCAGCAGCAGCUCCAAUUACAGCCACAGCACACGCUUCCAAGCUCGCAGCGCCAUUUCCUGCAAAAGCAGCACCAGCUCUAUGGUGGGCAGCAACAGCUCAGUCACCACCAGCAACAAGGGUCACUGCAGCAGCCACCACAGCUGAGCCAUCAGCAGUUGCAGUCGCAGCAAUUGCAGCAGCAACAGUUGCAGCACCUGCAUGGACAGAAUCCGUUGCUGCAGCAACAACAUGCGCAGCACACGGACACAGCUUCUCUGCCACACAUGGGAACCCCUAAGAGUACCGGCAUCAACAGCACCGCAGCUGGUCCCGGUCUGAUGGGUGCUCAGCCUCUAUCUCAACGUUCAUUCCCCGGGCGGGUGAACCCCCAUGGGAUACCAAAGAACCCCCCCUCACCAUCAACUAUCAUUCUUGCAGCGGCCCCUAUGGAGGCAGUGCAGAUUGCUGCGCGUCCUGGGAGUUCCUCGACUGUUGCCGACCUUGUCAGGGAGGUCAUGGAAGCGGCAGAGACAGCAGACCAGGAGGCUGACUCGCACGGGGCAGCACGUGCGACAGACGAAGGCUUUUCCGUCCACGACCUUCUAGAUUUCACUGAAGACGUUGCAGCCAUAAUGGAGGCAUUUUUAAGUCCAGAUAUGGCAGUGGCGGCAGAGGCACUGGAGUUGACAGUUCAGCUAGCUCUGGACUUUGUCGAUGACCUCGUGGAAAAAGGUGUAGAACAUCGACGACAGCAGCAAGAGGGGAUGCGGCGGCCACGGGGAUCCCGCCAUUGUCAGCCUCAACUUUUAGCGGAAGACCUCCUAGCUGGCCUUCGAUCUAAUCCACGAAAGGCUCUAAGGUGCAAAGAGGCACUGGAAAAUUACAGGCAAUUGGAGGCAUUGAAGCUUGCGUUCCCAGAGGAUAGAUAUUUAUCUGCACCAACCCAAGGACACGACGUGGUGCCUGUUUCUCCCCAAGGCGGCAACACCGCUUCGGGGCAGCAGCCUUCAGCGCCAAACCCGCCGCCUGUGCAGUCGACAUCCCAGGAUGCGGCGACGGUUGCUCCAUCCCACGGGCAUAUCUCGCCACUCGAUCCGUUAGCAGCGAGGCAGAGGUCAGUCGCAUCGCCGCAUACAGAUGACUGUCAAAGCCUGACACCGCAAUCAGCGCUACGAACGCAGCAGCAUGAUGCCGCAUUCGGCAGCCGCCCGGCCGUCACUCCUUCAUCCCCAAAUAUUUUGCCCCUAAGCACAUGA